AAGGCUGGGAGGAACCGUAUUUAUGAUUGGUCUUUGGUUUCAGACUCUGGAUGUGGGUUGGUUGUUCGGGUAAAUGGGUCGGGUGAUCUCAGCUGAUACAACCAGCUCCAAAACGGACCGCAGGACCAAAGUUCUCACUUCAUUUUCAACACACUAAUCGACAGCUUGCCAUCUGAGAGGCAAAUAAAUAGUCCAACAUGUCUUAUGGUAAAGCAGAGUUCCGCCCUGUCCCUCGAGACUUCAGCUCUCUGAUUCAGACAUGCAGCUCCAACAUCCAGAAGAUCACACAGAACACUGCUCAGAUAAAGACCAUGGUGAAUCAGUUGGGAACCAGACAGGACACCAGCGAACUUCAGGACCGUCUGCAGCAGAUCCAACAUUAUACCAACCAGCUGGCCAAAGAAACCAACAAACAUCUCAAGGAGCUGGGAUCUGUCCCUCUGCCUUCAUCACCCUCAGAGCAGCGGCAGCAGAAGAUCCAGAGAGAUCGUCUGAUGAGUGAUUUCUCUGCAGCUCUCAACAACUUCCAGGUCGUCCAGCGCCGAGCAGCAGAGAAGGAGAGGGAGUCCAUAGCUAGAGCAAGAGCCGGUUCCCGUCUUUCAAACGAAGACAGUUUCCGGGACGAGAAACUCGUUUCUUUUGAUAACCAGGAGGACUGGGGUCAGAUGACCACACAGACUGAGGAGGUGGCCAUCACAGAGGAGGACUUGGAGCUCAUCAAGGAGAGAGAAACCAACAUCCGACAGCUUGAGUCUGACAUCUUGGAUGUGAACCACAUCUUUAAGGACUUGGCAGUGAUGAUCCAUGACCAGGGAGAGAUGAUCGAUAGCAUCGAGGCGAACGUGGAGAACGCUGAGGUCCAUGUAGAACGAGGGGCGGAGCAGCUCCAGAGAGCAGCGUACUACCAGCAAAAGUCCAGGAAGAAGAUGUGCAUCCUUGCCAUGGUGUGCUCCGUCGUACUCACCAUCCUCGCCAUCAUCAUCUGGUGGGUUUCAAAGUGAGCUGAUCGCACCACCAGCGUCCCACCCUCCCCCUCCCACCUGCUAAUACCUGCUUGGAAUCACAAACUAUAAGAAGACCAGCAGAGUCCAACCAUCUCAUGGCUGGUCAGCAUCAGUUCUGUGUCAUCUGAAAUGAUCACGUCUUUCUGAUUUGUAAAAUAGUUGAAACUGCUGCUGUAAGUAAGAAGGAAACCGAGGACUGAUGGUAGGGGAGACCCUGAGAUCUGAAACUCCGUCGUUGUCCUCAUAUAUUUAUCUCGUCUUAUAUUCUGCACUAAUACUAGCCACACUGUAUUUCACAUGUAAAAUAAGUGUCGGAGUGACUUAAAAACAUGCAUCUUGUCUUUAUAUCCUGUUAUUUUAAUGUUUUUUUCUGUAACUUGUGGGCGCUGCUGUGGUUCAUGGUCUCAUAGUGACACAGUAGUCUGGAGGUGGUCCAUGUUGUACAAGUUCAGCUGAGUCCACGUCUAAAGUCUGUGUUAUGAAGGACGAUGAAAUGAAAGAGUGAUCUUCAGAAAACAUGUUUUAAGUUAAUUUCUAUGACUCCAGACUGAAUAUGUAAUAAAUGUCUUAAAGCAC